ACGGGCGUGGCACCAUGGCCACCUUCCCUGUGCUACAAUGAAAUUGGUGACUCACUAUCUACCUAUCCAAACAUCAUGGACCACCUUGAUGCAUCUGAAGAAGGCCAACGUGGAACCGUCUCAUAUUAUGGUCAGUCCAUUGGCAGCUCGGCGGGCCUGGUCAAGCUCCUCUUGGAGGCUGGUCUUCUUCAUCUCGAAGGAGCGAGCGGCUUCUGUUUUCCUGAUACCGCCACAGCCACAGCCUGGAGAAGGCGGCACAGAAGCUUGGAAGCGUGAUAGGGAAGCUGCAGAACAAGAGAUCAUCCUGCGUCGAAGAAGACAGAAGAAAGAAGAGCUGAUCUUCAUGGACGAGGUCAAGGGUAAGGAUGACAUCGAUAGCGCGUAG